UCAGUCGCUCCUGGUCGCUGCUCCGUCGAGUCCCGCCAGCAUGUCGAACCAUCGUCUGCUCUGGUGUUUGGCCAUCACAUUCUCUUCUUUCAUGUUCUCGCAAGGCAUGCCGUACGCCUGCGACCAGGCGAGCCGAGUCUGCGGGCGCAACACCCAGUGCGACGUGGUGCAGGGUCGGCCCGUGUGCUCCUGUCUGCCGGGCCACUACGGCAACCCAAUCAGCGGCUGCCAGAAGGGGGAGUGCGAGACGAGCCGGGACUGCCCCUCCAGGAAGAGCUGCGAGGACAACUACUGCGUGAACCCGUGCUCCAGAGGGCCGUGCGGGCGUAACGCGCAGUGCGACUCCGCCAACCACGUGCCAGUGUGCUCCUGCCCCGCCAGGACCACCGGAGACCCCUUCACGCAGUGCUCGCCCGUCGACCCCAGGACGUACUGUUCUCCCAGUCCGUGCGGCCAGAACGCGAAGUGUGACGUCAUCAGAGACACGCCCACUUGUUCCUGCCCGGAAGGCUACCUGGGGGACCCGCUGACGAGGUGCUACCCCGAGUGCCAGAGCGACCGCGAGUGCUCGGACCACCAGUACUGCUCCGGGGUGCGCUGCUCGCCCGCCUGCUCCGAGGGCACGUGUGGCGCCGGCGCCUACUGCGAGGCGCGCGACCACAAGGCCGUCUGCAAGUGCCCCGAGGGUCACGUGGGCAACGCGCUGCUGUCGUGCCGGCCCGAGUGCGAGACGAGCCGCGACUGCCCCGCGCACCGCCCCGCCUGCCUGUACAGCCGCUGCGCCGACCCCUGCGAGGGCGCGUGCGGGCUGAACGCCCAGUGCGAGCUGCAGGGCAGCAAGGCCGUCUGCAGCUGCCCCAGGAACAUGACGGGCCACCCCUUCGAGUACUGCAGGCCGUUCGACACCCGGGACCUGUGCGAGCCGAACCCGUGCGGCCGCAACGCGCAGUGCCAGCCCGGCUACGACAAGACGGGGCGCGACCGGCCCGUGUGCACCUGCCUGGCCGGCUACGUGGGCAACGGCGUGGUGGGCUGCGUGCGCGGCGAGUGCAGCUCCGACCUGGACUGCGGCGACGGGCGCGCGUGCUACGACUCGCGCUGCGAGGACCCGUGCAGGGGUGCGUGCGGGGCGGGGGCCACGUGCGAGGCGCGCCGCCACCAGGCCGUGUGCGCCUGCCCCCCCGGUCACACGGGCAACCCCCUGCUGUCCUGCAGCCCGCUCGCCUCCGGCCGGUACAGGCUCAUCAGGUACUGAUGACACCUCCCACCAGUCGCUGCAGUGGCGUGGCUAAGGUGACUGGCGCCCCUCUUGGAUUAAAAGAGUGUGGGGGGAGGGUUCAGUAACGCGAAACCGUCGCGGCGCCCCCCCCCCCCUCCCCCCCACUCCACUGCUCCGGCGCCCCUGGCGGGGGCCAUCCCUGCCACCUGCUUGCUACGGCGCUGCUCGCUGCAACACUACCGAUUGUCACCCCCUGCUACAAAACAAACCAUACAUCAUCAUCAUCUCUUCCAAAUUUAACUCCUCUUUUAUUUUGUCGAUAAUCUACACCUGGUUGUAUGUGGAGGCCAGCUAAAUUUGUGUUUUCAUUUGAGAAAAAGUUGGAAUGUACAAUUUUAACAACGCCCAGGAAGGAAAAAAAAAAAAGGAUACUGACGGGUCAGUUUCCCGAUCAUCUCAAAUCAGAAUCCGAAUUCGAAUCUCAAAUACACUCCUAGAAUCCAAAUAUAGGUGUUAAUACAUAGAGUAAUUUUAUUCACUUAAUUUACUUGUUAAAAGUACAAUGGGGAAUGGUAAUUGGACAGGUACCAAGGAAAAAAUUGGUCUAGUAAACUUCAGAGGCUAUCAGCGUUGAAUAUUUUUAAUUUACUUCAUUUCCUUUAAAAUUUUCCUUUGAAACUUUUUCCUCAAAUAUUCUAUCUAUCAAAUAAAAAAGGAUUUGUUGGUAUUUAAGGAUUUGAUUGGCCCAUCACUACAAAAAAAAACAUUAAAAAAAAAAAUAGACCCAAUCACAUGCAAUCCGGCCGGAAGGUGAAGUGUGUUAGCAGCCAAUGGCCAACAGACACUGUCUUAUUUGUAUACUAGAGUAUAAGGAGAAUUUUUCAGUUCUUUAGUAUAAGCAGAGACAAUGUUUUUAUUGCAAACAAAUAUUGUUUUGUGUUAAGGUAGUUUAUGAAAAACUCCAUCUCCUUGGUAAUAUUUUGUUUGGAAGAAAUAUAUUCAUACAAAUCAAGAAUUUUCUGAAAUCCAACAGCUGUGAUCUAGUUGGUCCGUUUAAGCAAUACACAAGCUCCUUUCAUCAGGAUCAGAUGUAGCCAGUAAGGUAAUGCAAAUUUUUCAGACAUAAACAAAGUGUAUUUGAGCAUAAAAUGUCACAUAUUCACGCCGUAAGAUAUUAUCUAUAUUUGGAAGCUAUCCGUUAAUAUAAAAUACAAAUAAAAAUGUAUUUUUAUUAUGUAAUACAAUUUAUAAUGGUGGUACACAUUAUGAACUAAAAAGUGAGCAAGUAAAUGUGAGGAAUGUCAAUAAAGGGACAAAUUCCUCUGAACAAUUUUUAAUCAAUGGUUUUUUAGAACAUAACAUCAUAUCCUAACUAGCAUUAAUUUAUGUAAUGAGAUAUGUAUUAAAAUAAUUACCAUUAAAACAA